AUGUCCGAGCACAAUGCUGGGUCGGACGUGGUUUCAAUGAAGUUGAAAGCAGUGAAGAAGGGCGAUAGAUAUAUACUGGAUGGGACCAAGUUCUGGAUUACGAACGGACCCAUUGCUGACACGCUAGUUGUGUACGCGAAGACGUCACCAGAGAAAAAGUCCAGAGGCAUCACGGCGUUCAUCAUAGAAAAAGGAAUGAAGGGCUUCCGUACGGGCACCAAACUCGACAAGGUUGGAAUGAGAGGGAGUGAUACAGCAGAACUCAUUUUUGAAGGCUGCGAGGUCCCCGAAGAGAAUGUGCUCGGGAAAGUGGAUGGUGGUGCCGCCGUCCUGAUGUCUGGCCUCGACCUCGAGCGACUCGUACUGAGUGGUGGUCCGCUUGGAAUCGCCCAAGCGGCUUUCUCGACGGCUCUUCUUUACUCUCAUGAGAGGUCGCAAUUUGGCAAGCCCGUCGCGACGUUCCAACUAAUGCAGGGUAAAAUAGCGGAUAUGUACGUCAAGUUGAAUUCAGCACGCAGCUAUGUCUACGCUGUCGCUCGGGCGUGUGAUAAAGGGGAAAUCAGCCGACGAGAUUGUGCUGGUGCGAUUCUCUACUCGACCGAGAAGGCCAUCGAGAUUGCCUUGGAGGCGAUGCAAUGUCUAGGCGGGAAUGGAUAUAUCAAUGAAUAUCCUACUGGACGCUACCUGAGGGAUGCGCGGUUAUACGCUGUCGGGGCUGGAACCCAAGAAGUUCGCCGAAUGCUGAUCGGAAGGGAGUUCAAUGAAGAGAUACUGGGUAAAGGCAGCGUAUAG